GGAGUGAACCAGGUGCUGACGUCCAGCCAAGCGCAUGACCAACACGUUUUGUGAAUAGAGCAACAGCUUAUUGAAUAUUUGGUCUUCAGUCUCCCAAGAUUCCCCAAUGAGGCAGCUUAACAGAGAGGCCAAGGCCUUUGCUUUUAGGUCCACGAAGACCUGAGUUGAUCCAGCUCAUCCCUCACUGGCUGUGUGACAUGGGGCAUGGGCUAUACUCUCUUCGUUGUAGUUUUCCAAUGGGAGACACAGACACUGAGUUCUGAGUCACAGUUUUCUUGUGGGGACUAAAGUAAGUAAGGAAUGAAACACGCAUUUGUUAUCUAGCAGCCGCAUCUAAGAGGUCACGGAGCUGAAUCAGCCGGGAUGCUGGUGGAGUCACUGGUCAGUUACUCUUUCUCAUCUUGACGCACCAGCAGCACUUGGGAAUGCUUCCUCCUUUUUUUUUUUUUUUUUUAAUAUUUGUUUAUUUACUUGAGAGGCAGAGUUUCAGACAGAGAGAGGGAGAGAAGAGAGAGAGGUCUUCCAUCCCCUGGUUCACUCCCCAAAUGGCUGCAACAGCUGGAGCUGGGUUAAUUCAGAGCUGGGCCGAUCUGAAGCCAGGAGCCAGGAGCUUCUUCCGGGUCUCCCACGUGGGUGCAGGGACCCAAGGACUUGGGCCAUCUUCCACUGCUUUCUCAGGCCAUAGCAGAGAGCUGGAUCAGAAGUGGAGCAGCUGGGUCACGUAUGGAUGCUGGCACUGCAGGUGGCGGCUUUACCUGCUGUGCCAUGGUGCCAGCCCCGUGAAGAGGGUCUUGAAUGUGAAAAGAAGCAGGCUGCAGAAACAGCUAGCCGGACAGUGGACAUCAACCGCCAGUUUGGCAGCAUGAUAAAUGGUUCUUUAAAUGCCUCAGAGAGAACAGGGUGUUUACCAUGGGCUGGACGCUGUGCUUGGAGCUUUUACCUUUUGAAAGGCAUCAACUGUAGAAUCAUGGGUAAGACUUUCUGGGAAGCUUUGCAAUAGUAUCAAUUUAUCCAGGCAAACUCAAAAAUAGUCUUACUCCUAGAAUGACUGGAGGUUUCAUGCAUUAAAAAAUGUAUGUGUCUACCUUGACUCAGGCUCCAAACUGGGUUACUUUCGUGAGUGUGAGUGGCGCCGGCUGAAUGGACAUUAGAACAAAGGAAAUAAAUCUGGAUUGUUCUAUGCAAAGCAGAGCGUAUGACCACAAAUCCUGAUCCCCACAGACUGGCAGCCCAGGUGAAGAACUCAUAGACUCUGCUGUCCAUGGGGUCACAACACGAGCUGGGGGAGUGGGUCUGAUGUGAUGGAACAUUGUGUGACCAUGAACUCCGUACUUGGGAGUGGAGGUGGGAGUAGACUUGGAUUUCCUGUCUGUCCAUGUGGGUUAAAAUGAGAGCUUAAAUGCUGGUAGCACUCAGGAUUCCGGAUCAUCUUAAAAGACGCGGUGUGCUCCGGCUCAGUGGACAGACCCCCUGCUGCCUCUUCCUCGGGGAGUCUGUAAACAUGAAGCUGUUUCUCGUUUUCAUGGUUCUGCUGUUUGAGGUACCCCAAGAUCGGGCGUGGCCCAAAAAAUGCUUUAAUAACGUGUCAGGCUUCUGCAGGAAGAGGUGCAAGCUAGGCGAGAUUUCUGAGAUGGGAUGUCUAAGUGGGAAACUGUGUUGUGUUAAUGAAGGAGAAAACAGGAAGUACCUGGAGGCCCAGAAGCCGCCUGCACAGACCGCCGACAAGUCCGCGGAAGUCCAGGACUACAUCGCGCUCCCCACCACCACGCUCCUCACGACGGCGCAGCCCUGAGCCGGCCGCACCUGACGCUGGGCGCCGCACCUGACGCCGAGUGCCGCCCACUCCGCCGGGGGAGCUGUGUCUACUUCCCUCCGGGAACUCCAUUCCCCACAUAAUAAAGUCCCAUGUGUAGC